UGAUUGAUUAAUCAUCAUCGUCGUCGUAAUCUUUCAAUGUUUUUUUAUUUGAUUCAAAUGUGCAUCGAUUGAAUUUGAAUUUGAAAACAACAACAACAACAUUGACAAUGACAACAUUCGAUCCAUAUGAUCAGAAUAGCUGGUUUUUUGGCCAAUUAACCCGCCAACAAGCAAUCGAAAUAUUAGAAUUUGAACGUGAUAAAGGUGUAUUUUUAGUUCGAUAUAGUCAUUCGGUUGCAGGUGAUCUUGUACUUUCGGUUAGUGAAGAACAAAAAAUAAGCCAUUAUAUUAUCAAUAAAAUUGAUUUGAAUGGUGAACCGAAAUUUAAAAUUGGUGAAAAUACAUUUCAUGAUAUGCCUAGUUUGCUUACAUAUUAUAAACAUCAUUAUCUUGAUACAACAGCAUUAAUACGUGCGGCCAAAAAGAAACUUGAAUAUGUACGUGCCAAAUUUGAUUUUCUUGGUAAAGAUAAAGAAGAUUUACCAUUUAAAAAAAAUGAAUUAUUAACAAUCAUAUCGAAAGAAGAAGAUCAAUGGUGGCGUGCACGUAAUGAUUGUGGACAAAUUGGUAGUAUACCAGUGCCUUAUGUUGAAACGAUUGAUGAAGAAGAAUAUCUUUGUGAAAAAGGAAAAUUUGAUGAAACAAAUGAUGAAAUUGUUGAUGGAAAAUCACUGAAUAAUAAUCACAAUAAUAAACGCCAUAGUAAUGAAAUUAUAUCUAGUCUUGAAUCAUCGACAUCGACAACAACAAAAUUAUCAUCCACACCAUCAUUAUCAUCGACAACAACAACAAUGAUGGAUCCAUCAACAAUUUCGAAUAUGAAUAGUAGUAGUAAUAAUAGUAGCAGCAGUGGUAAUCUUGCAUCACAAGAAUCAUUAUCAUCAUCGACAACGAUAACAACAACAACAACAAAUGAUAAUCAACAACAACAACAACAAUCGACAACAAACAAUAAUAAUACGAAAAAAUCAACAACAAAUAUGAAUAGUGUUAAAUUACCGGCAAAAGCUAUUGUUAUACAGCAAAGGAUACCGAAUGCAUAUGAUAAAAAAGCAUUAAAACUUGAGAAAGGAGAUAUUAUUACCGUUACAAAUACAAAUCUAAAUGGCCAAUGGGAAGGUGAAUUGAAUGGUAAACAUGGUCAUUUUCCAUUUAAUUAUAUUAAAUUUUUGGAUGAAGAUCAAUGAAUGAAUGAAAAAAACAAAUCAAAGAAUCAAACAAAUUUUUUUUUAACAAUUUUCUUUUCUAUCCG